CCAUAAUUCAGACUGGAUGUUACCAACAUUUACCUUAAAAACGAGGUUCCUAUAUAUGCCUGUGAAAGUAAUACUUGAUGCCCGACGUUAUUUAAAUAUUGCCUACUUUAAAAGUAAAAUUACAAAUGUUUCGCACAACAAACUGAAAUAUUCACAAUUGCUCCCACAGAAUGGCAAUGCGUCAAGAUUCAGUAAAGAUUUUGCCGAUUACUGUAGGCCUACUUGUCAUGUGUAUACCAUUGUUUUCAGUGAAGGUACUGGAUCAGUGGAGGAAUUCAUGAAAUCGCCAGCUGUAUUAAAACAAAUACCUUUGUGUUCAUUAAAAAUAUAUAUUUUUAAUUAUCUAAAAAUCCUGGUUGUUGUGAGGUUUUGACAAGAAACCAGUUUAAAAACAACAAUUUGGAAAUGUGUGCCAGACAUGGAAAUAGUUUUAGCAUCUUUUUUAGGGGCUGAUGUUCGCGACAUCAAUUUUGCGCUGUAGAAUUCUUAUACAAUAUAUGUUAAUACCUAGUUUGGCUCGCUUGUAUUAGGUUUUGUUGUCGUGUCAUUCGAUAAAGUAAAUGAAAAAUGAUUUAAUAAUACAUGCUUCAUGUAGGCAUACUUUAUGUAUAUAUAUUACCGAAGGACCAUCAUUGAUGUACAUUCAUACAUGUAAAAAUGUCAAUAUGCCCUUGUUCUUGCAAGUCUUGUAUUUAUAGACAUAUAUUUGCAGUAAAUUACAUCGUUCAGCCGGGUAUGGAAGUCGUUGCAUUAAUUCUCUACUGGCGGAAAAUAUCAUUAGAAAAUAGGCUAACAAUUUCACAAUAGCAACCAUGUUAUUAUUUUAUAAUGAAUAACGUUUCGUCGUUGUUGUUGUUGUUAUUAUUAUUAUUAUUAUUAUUAAUAACAAUAAUAAAUGGUAUCUUUGUGUGUACAUACACAUCAUUCUCAUGUUAUCCUUUACUGGAAAAUAAUGUAAUUCUGUAUUUCACGUAUCUUCUAAAAUUGCAAUUACAUAAAUGUGUUAAAACGUUGAAAAAACGUUCAGUGCAUGUGAUUCUGUAGGAUUAUUUUUUUCAUGAGUUUUUAUUUCUUUCUUUUUUCGUCCGUUUGUAACAUAUUGGAAAUGAACCAGGACCGACAUGCCAUUACACACUUUUACUUAUGCAAUUAAUUUAAUCAAUUGCUAGAGAUUUGCUACCUUGCAUAACUAAUGUAGGCUGCAACAUUUAACAGAAUGUAUAACUCAAACAUGCUGAUUUAUUCUUCUUCAUAAUGUAUGUGGUGGUCAGUAACCCCCCUCCCCCUGACACACACACACACACACACACGAACACAACUGCGUCUGUGAACUGUUUCUCUCAAGUGGGUUCGGGGAAGUGUUGAGGGGGCGGAUAGUUUGAUUUUUCCUCGCAUCUUGCCCAGCCAAUAAUGUGGAGGGAAGUGUUCUGCACAUCUCAGCUGGCAGACAUUUAAAAAGGAGACAGUCCGGCGCUGCUGCAAUUUGUACUAAACCCAGUCUCUCUUUCUAUGGAAUCGUUAGCAACUACAGACUCCCACAAGCGCGCACCCCCACUGUUGUACUGUCCACACGUUUAGUGUUUUCUUGUCUGGGGAAAAGUUGAUACAAAGAACACCUUCGGGAUACCACUACUUUUGCCUUUGUUUGGAGUAUUAACAGAAUGACCGGAUCUGCGCGAGUCAUCUGUGCCAUGGUCUUCGUCUUUGGGCUGAUCUUCUGCCCGGUGGUUUGCAAGAGGAAUCGAGGUUCCCAAGGCGCCAUCCCUCAUCCCGACAAAAACAAUCCUAACGAAUCAGAGCAGCAACCGCAGCCACCGCAGGCGGGUUCAGGGUCCCGGGGGCGAGGCAGGGGGUCGGCUGCGCCUGCAGAGGAGGUGCUGGAGUCUAGCCAGGAAGCAUUGCAUGUCACGGAGCGCAGUUACUUGAAACGCGACUGGUGCAAGACUCAGCCGCUUAAGCAAACUAUCCACGAGGAGGGGUGCGUCAGUCGCACAAUCAUCAAUAGAUUCUGCUAUGGACAAUGCAAUUCGUUCUACAUCCCCAGACAUGUUCGCAGGGAGGAAGGUGCCUUCCAGUCUUGUUCCUUCUGUAAGCCGAAAAGAUUCACCACAAUGACUUUCACUCUUAACUGUCCGGACCAGCAGCCUCCUACCAAAAAGAAACGCGUUCAGCGCGUAAAGCAGUGCCGCUGCAUUUCAAUAGAUCUGGACUAGGUCAAUAAUUGUAUUAUGCUGUGUUGAUCUGGCAAUUUAUUUAACACAAAAGGGAUGAUUCACGCACGGCGUAUGUACAACACGGUUAUAAAUGGGACUUAUCUGCCCCAGCAGAACUCUGGGAAAUCUUCAGACGGGAAAGAAAAAUGAAAAACCACGAACAUACAUGUCAAAUGAUGUGAAUACAUUAUUUUAGAAGUCAGAGUUUGAUUGUAUUUAAAUGCACGCGGUUCAUGACCAAACCUACACACGGCACGUUUUUGUUGCGCAUUGCAAAUAACUAAUAUCACCAAAUAUAGCAGUUCACCAGGUACAACAUAAGUGUGAAAUUAACACAUUACAAACCGUGGUUUGACAUAUAGCCAAAUUCACUGCUGUCAUACGCUCUGAAGACUGCAGAACUUGGCUUGCUCGUGUAGGCUAUAAUACCUACAAGAAAAGCCAGCGGAUACAAUAUAGUGGUAUCCAUUUUUUUAAGUUCCACAAGUUGGACAGAACCAGCCAUAUUCCGGACCACUUAUACGGGGUAUGCUUUAUCUCCUUAUUCCAACUGCAUAAUGCAUUUUUGCCAGACUUUAAAUAUUGAUUGAGUGGAUAGAUAGUUUCCACUAUGUGGAAUGUGAAAACAGAACAGAGUGAUGAUAAUAUUUAAUGUAAUUAUGAGACGGUUGUAUUAUUAAUAUGUAUGCUGCAUACAUGUCUGUGAAUCUCACUUAGUCUAAAUUGUCUUAGUUGCUGUUUGAGAGAAAAUGUUGAUUUGUAAUGAUCUAUGUUAUAAGACAUCAAUGGGACUGAAUUACAAUAGCCUACAAGUGUUCGCAAUUUCAAAUGUGUACCGGUCAAAUAACUGUCUUGGUUUUUAAACAGCUUUUUUUCCACUGUAAAAAGCUGAUACAUAAUCUUUAGGGUAACAUCCUUCUUGUAAAUUAAUAACAUAACGUUGUACAAACUGCAGCAGGAUCAUGACUUUUCCAGGAGCCAAUUAAAACGUUGGGAAAACUUGAGCUGUAGCGAAGUUUUGCGCCUUGACUGAAACGGUUGCCCAGAACUAGCGUAACACCCGCAUACUACCACGCUAAAUACUGUUGUUAAAUUUCAGCACACACGGCGGACACUACAAGGGUGAAUGGGUCAUAAAUUAUUUGGAAAUUGCGAAGACUCCGAUUUCAUGUGGAGCAUUUUAUGCAUCAAGUUAACCCGAAACACCAAAUAAAAGGCAUCUUCUCUGGC